ACGAAUUGUCCCUUCGCACUCACCGUACUACGUAGUACGUUUCUCUCAGACAGUUAGCAUUGUUUAGAAGAAACAGCAGAUAUCAGGUUAGUGAAAGUCGGUUUGAACUCAUUACUACAAUAACUUACCGGUUUUUAUUUACAGGCCUGUGUCUCUGUCAGGAUGGUCAACGUGCACAAAGGAGUUCUUGUUGAGUGUGAUCCUGCCAUGAAGCAGUUUCUCCUCUACCUGGAUGAGAAAAUGGCCCUUGGAAAGAAGUUCAUUCUCAAGGAUCUGGACGAUACACACCUCUUCAUCCUGGCUGAGGUGGUCCACACGCUGCAGGACAGAGUGGGCGAACUAAUGGACCAGAAUUCAUUCACCAUCACGCAAAAAUAACACUCUUUCCUCUCAGACGAUGGACUGCUGUAGUGUUGGCCUUGACUGUGUGGAGUGUUUGAUAAACUUUAGGUCUCUUAAUGUGAGACCGCAGCGUGUAAUUGAAACAGCUCAUUUUGAGCCUCUUUAUGUUGCAUUAGUUUGAAUUUGUGCUUUCAGAUGUUCAAUUUUUUUUUAGUUAUCUGUGCAGCUGAAUGUUCCAUGAAAACAUUUGUUCCUUUCAACCCACUUUUUUUUUUUGAUUGACAACCACAAUACACAACAUGGCCAACAAUAAGUAAUUAAGAAAUGACUGAACUCAGGAUUGUGACAUUCACAUGCCGCAUUGUAAGGUGCAACUGAGUGUAAGCAUUGAGUCAUCUUUUUGUAAAUAAAGGGUUCCUCUUACUGCCA